AUGGUCGAGACGAAGCUGGAGCUUGAUGCCAUAAUCUGCAGCGCUGGGAUCAGCGCUUGCGAGAAAGGUCGAAAGUUGCUGCAGGCCUCCUCCCUAGUCGGCGAGAUGGUCCAGACAAGGCUAGAGCCCACUGUCAUCAGCUACCGUGCUUGGAUGAGCGCUUGCGAGAAAGGUCAGCAGUGGCAGCGGGCCCUGUCGCUGCUCAGCGGGAUGGUCGAGACGAAAUUUGAGCCCGAUACCAUCAUCUGCAACGCUUGGACCAGCGCUUGCGGAAAGGUCAGCAGUAGCAGCAGGACGUGUCGCUGCUCAGCGAGAUGGUCGAGACGAAGAUGGAGCCCACUGUCAUCAGCUACAGUGCUGGGAUGA